AUGGAUGGAAAUUUAGAUUUUUGUCUAAAACGCUUUGCAGAUGAUCAAUUAUCGGAUAGUCUGAAAAAACUUACUCAAAUCGAACGAAAUCUUGAAAGGAAACGAACAUACGAUGCGGAAACUUCGCAGCAUGACAAUGAUCUUAAACAUCAACAAGAAACGUUGUUGGCCAAACAAUUUUCUCAAGAUCUUGACGAAAAUAACUCGAAAAUCAACAAAACACGUCAGAUAAUCGAAGAAGAAUUCUUUCAUGCGCUUCAACUUAUUCGUAAUGACGUCGAAACUAUCGUUCAAGUAUCAUCGACACGAAACGAAAAUCGAGAAGAUAGCGAAGAAAUACGUGCUGCAAUCACAAAAAUUCGUCAACAAAUCGCACAAAUCGACAGUGAAUUAACUCAUUUAUUUAACAUCAUCGAUUCCAACAACUAUCACGACCAUCGCAAUCGAAUUGUUCAAUGGCUGAGACAACAUUACGGAUAUGCUAAUGAGCUCAAUCGAAUGGUCGGAAAAUUUAAUGAAUUAGGAGAUUUAAGCGUUUUCUCUGCUCAAACUUUUCUUAUGCAAACAAUCAACGAAUGUGUGAGUCUUUGGAACGCACGUUACAAACUUAUUAGUCAAUUUAUCCAUCAAAUGGAUGAAGAUUCGAUCUUGAGCAAACAAAUUCUGGAUUCACUUUAUCGAAUGACUGAUUCAACAACUUCUUUGCAGUUUGUUCAGUCGUACGUGGAAAAUCGAUGUGUAAGGAGAUUUAAUCGAGAAGAAUAUUUAAUCCGCCGAAUAGAAGAAGAGUUCGAAGAACAACUGGCUGAACAACAAAGAAGAAUUUUUGAAUUAAUCAAUGCUCUUGGUCAAUUAUGUGUAAAUACAACAAAUGAAUUUCAAUUGAAUAAAAAAUUUAGAAAAAUAUUUCAUCAAAAUCGCGUUUUGCCAAUUCUAAUGGACAGAAACAAUGAAGCAGAAAAUAAUUCAUUGAUUAUUCGCCUCGAAGAUAAUUACACAAGAUGGACUCUAAACAAACAUUCAAUUCAACAACAAUUUUGUUUAAAUCUUUCUCAAUUCCUCAAUUUACCUGAUGAAACAUUCACAAUCGAACGUGUCGAACAAGGAAGUACUAUUCUUUACAUCGCUAUUCAUCCAACUUAUCAUCAAAUGAUUAGUCAACAAUUGAACAAUUCCAGAGAAUCAUUAAGGAUUGUUCAAGCUGUUGAAAACUCUACCCAGAGAUUGGAUUGUCAAGUACAGUCCAUUAGCUUUGGGCAAUAUUGUUUAUCUAUUGAAAAACGUCUCAUCAAUUACAAAUCGGACGCACCAUUUAUAAAUAAAUCUGUUGAAAAUAUUUUGCUUGACCUGAUUGCUCUGAGUGAUAACGAUUCUCUUUGUCCGGAAGGUUGGAAACGUUUUUCUAUUCAAUCAGUUCACUCCAAUUCUCAGGUCGAAACGAAAUGGCCGAUUGUUUACCAUGGUUGUCGAGGUUUCUAUGCUCCAUUUAUCUUAACGACCGCAAUGCGUGUGUCAACUCAACGAUCGAAUAUUUCACGAAAUCGACAAAAUAUUCAUUUUUCACCAAGUAUCGAAUAUUGUGCUCAUCCGAAAUACACUCAUAUGUGGAGAAACAUGGCAAAUCAAUAUUAUCAAUUAGUUUUUCAAUGUCGAGUGAAUCCGGAUGUCUUCAACAAACCAACAUCGGAAAUCUUACUUCAACCAAGUGCAAAAACGAAACAAAUCGAUGAAAACUUUUCGAAUGAUCAACUCGAAUGGAUUCUACCAUUGAAUCAAGCUUCACAAGAAUGUAUUCAGGAGAAUAUCAUCUGUUGUGCAAUAAUGAUUCGAAUGAUCGAUGGUGAGCCACAAGAUCUUCCAAAAUUGCAUUGGUGGCAAAACACAAAUCAUUCAGAAUAA